CUCCCAGGAUUCCGUGUGGUGACCUCUGACCCCGUUUUGAUUGUGAGAGACGUGGCUAUACCGUGAGAGGUGUCACCGGGAAGAUGGAGUUGGAAGCAAUGAGCCGAUAUACAAGUCCGGUGAAUCCGGCGGUGUUCCCGCACCUCACCGUUGUCCUCAUGGCAAUUGGGAUGUUUUUCACAGCUUGGUUCUUUGUAUAUGAAGUGACAUCCACAAAAUACACUCGAGAUGUGUACAAGGAGCUGCUCAUCUCACUGGUAGCCUCACUCUUCAUGGGAUUUGGGGUCUUGUUUCUUCUUUUGUGGGUUGGAAUCUACGUGUGACCACUGGGGUCCCUGUCGGAGGGGUGAUAUGUUUCUUUUUUUACUGCCGAGAGUUCGGGGACCAGUACUGUCCAAGAAUAUUGGUGUCAUUGCACUGUCACGUCUAUCAGAGAUUUUUUUUUUCACAUAGUGAACUGCUCAACAAUCACAAUAAAACACUUUAUUGUUACAGA